AUGGGAUGCCAAUGUUCGACAUAUGAUAAGCACAUUGAAGCUAGAACAGAUUUCAUUGAGCCUUUUGCUGAAGUUGUUAAAAAUCAAGCCAAAGAGUAUCCAAUUUUGGUUUAUUCGAGGUCUUUGUGUGAGCAUUCUAUGCUGACGAAAUAUUUGUUGAGAAAGAACUCUGUUGAUUUUGAGUAUUUUGAAUUAGAUCAUAUGAAUGAUAAUAGCCAAAUAUAUGGCGCUCUGCAAAAUCUCACUUCAAGACAAUCUACUCCAUAUAUUUUUGUGGGUGGAACCUAUUUUGGAGGCUUAAGAGAGCUUCAAGAAACUAUUGAUAACGGCCAAAUCAAAGAUCUUUAUAGAUGUGCAUAUUAA